AUGAAACUGCUUCGCCUUAUUAGUAUCUGCUUACUCACCAGGAUCGGGUACUCCCUUGUAAUACCUUCCAUAUGGGCCCAAACAGGCAAGUCCCCCGGAGUAUUCAACAUCGACUCCGAUUCUCCCUCGAACAUAAUCCAUCAUGCUGCUUCUCCGAUACCAAACCAGUACAUUGUAUUAUUUAAAAGUGAUACCACUGAUAUUCAACGAGAAACACACCUCGCUACAUUAAACUCGUGGCUGCUCAAUACAGAUCCACAAUACACAAUCUUACAUUCAUUCCAACUCGCCCACGAUCUACAGGGAUACACAUCCCGUCUCCCUGAACAACUAAUACGUUCAUUAGCAACGGAUCCGAUAAUCCAAUCCAUUGAACAAGAUUCAUACGUCCAUGCCUUAGGUAGACAAAAGCAAAUUGAUUCACCCUGGGGGCUCGCUAGAAUUUCACAAAGAGAACGAUUGAAAUUACUACAGGAUCAAUUCUACCAUUAUGAUGACUCGGGUGCCUCCUCCAAUACAAAAUGUUACAUCUUAGACACGGGAAUCAAUGAAAACCAUAACGAAUUCCAAGGAAGAGCUAAAUGGGGAGCCGUUUUCACACCUAUGGAACCAAAUCAAGAGGAUGAGAAUGGUCAUGGAACUCAUUGUGCAGGUGUCAUUGGGUCUCAUGAAUACGGUGUGGCCAAGAAUACUACCCUUAUCGCUGUGAAAGUCUUGGAUGCUAGAGGCGAUGGUGAAAUGUCUGCUGUCAUAAGAGGAAUUGAAUACGUGACACAGCAACAUGAACAAGAUAUGAAGAAACAGGAUCAAACCGGUUUUAAAGGAUCUGUCAUUAAUUUAUCUCUCGGCGCAGGUAAAUCUCCCGCUCUAUUAAGGGUAAUCGAGGCUGCAGUUAAGUUGGGUGUCCAUUUUGCUGUUGCGGCAGGUAAUGAAGAUGAUGAUGCUUGUUCAACUUCUCCAGCCGAUUCCCCGCAUGCCCUUACAGUGGGGGCUUCAUCAUUUAGUGAUGAUAGAGUGUUUUUCUCAAAUUGGGGACCAUGUGUAGAUGUAUUUGCUCCAGGUAUCAAUAUUAUGUCCACUUAUAUUGGACCCCAUAAUAAUGAAACUACAAGUCUAUCGGGCACAUCCAUGUCUGCUCCCUUUGUCACAGGUUUGAUAGCAUAUUUCCUUUCACUACAACCUGAUACUAAGAGUCAAUUUUAUACUGGAAUAACAUCUCCAACUCCUUAUCAAUUGAAAUAUAAGAUUAUAUCCUUUAGCACAGAGGGUGUGCUGCAUGAAAUACCCGAGGGAACACCUAAUCGGAUAGUUUAUAAUGGUGGUGGUCAUAGUUUGAAGGAUUUUUGGAAUAACUAA